AUAGACACAGUUGAGCACAACAGGCGGUCUUAUCGCUAAGACAGCGAUCUCUUCCAGACAACCUGGUGGUCAAGGAAAAACAGUUGUCGCAUCGUUCUUUGUCGCGCCAUAACAAAAAUGGCGGGCGCAAAAAUAAUCGCCAUUUUGGCGUUUUGUAUUGCAGUUGUAGUGUGCUAUCGCAGUAAGGACAAACAGCAAAAGCCUAUAGUGACAUUAAGAGAGGGUAAAAUCAGAGGCACAAUCGGGACCAUAUAUGACGGCUCAUCAUAUUAUAGUUUCAAAGGUAUACCAUACGCCGAAGCGCCGGUUGGAGAACACAGGUUUGAAUCUGACUCAUUACCACCAAAACCAUGGAAUGGCAUCCGGGAUGCCUCUCAACAUGGUCCUGUGUGCACCCAAUAUGACUUUACCAUCUCACAAUACAUAGAAGGCAGUGAACAAUGUCUAUUUGUCAACAUAUACACAAAGUCUUUGAAACCAGAAGCCAAAAUACCAGUAAUGGUAUUCAUUCACGGUGGUUCCUAUAUGUCAGGAUCCGGUAAUUCAGACACGUUUUCUCCAGAUCUCUUACUGGAACAUAACGUGAUUCUAGCCACUAUUAACUAUAGACUGGAGUUACUAGGAUUCCUUUCUGUUGACACCCCAGAUGUACCAGGAAGCGGGGGUAUAAAGGACACAGUAAAGGCGCUGAGAUGGAUCAAAGAGAACAUCGCUAAAUUUGGCGGUGAUCCAGAUAACAUUACUAUAUUUGGAGAAAGUUCAGGCGGGUCCUCCGUUACGUAUCUUAUGCUGUCUCCAACAGCCAGGGGAUUGUUUAAUAAAGUCAUCGCUCAGAGCGGUACAUGCUUCGAAGACUGGGCUCAAGCUAGAGGAAUGAAAGAGAGAGCUUUUAGAGCAGCCAAACUAUUGGGCAAGGAUACAAAUGAUGUUGGAGAAUUGUUACACUUCUUGAGAGGCUUACCAGCUCUUAAUCUAACUAACCUUACUGAAAAAACAAUGACGGAGGAAGAGAUAUAUCGAGGCUUCCCUGAACAAUUCAUCCCUGUUCUUGAAAAACAUUAUAAAAAUGUUCAAGCAUUUAUAGACGAAGAUCCAGUACAGAAAAUGGUCAAUGGAAAAGUGUCAAAUAAAGUACCGAUAAUGUUGGGUUACAAUUCCGGCGAGGGCAUAUCAGUUAUAUCUGAAGAAAUAAAAAAACUAGACGUUAAAAAUAACAAUGUAACAUAUUUCGUGCCAAGGCAAAUCGUUGAAGCUGUCUCAAAGGAAAAAGCUUUAGAAUUUGGUGACAGGAUUCAGAAAUUCUAUGCAGGAGAUAGAAGCAUAUCAAAAGAAAACCCUGAUAUAGUCCGUGAUAUUUUAACGGAUACAAAUUUCGCGUACAACACACACAGAUUUGCUUAUCUCUAUAGCAAAUUGAACGCUCCAGUAUACAUGUAUAAAUUCAACUAUGAAACCGACUUAAAUAUAAUCAAGAGAUACUCCUCUUACAAAGACUUGCCAGGAGUUAGUCAUGCUGAUGACUUGUUCUAUCUCUUUUAUAAUAACCUUAACAAGGAGGCAUAUGACAACCAACCGAAGCUGAGAGAUAUUGCGUAUGAAGUGACCAAGCUAUGGACUGAUUUUGCUAAAUAUGGUAACCCUACUCCCGAUGGCAGUCUGGGAGUAAACUGGCUGCCGUACACGCCAGCAGGCAAGGAAUACUUCAACAUACAAGACAAAUACUCCGUCGGGAGGUUCGCGGAUCAGCGGCGAAUGGAGUUCUGGGACCAGAUCUACAAAGAGGCCGGUCUGCCGCAUAUUGGACAAUAAGCAUAAUGUAGAAUGUGAAUAAAUGUUUGAAAUUCAA